GGCACAUUUUGCAUUUAUUUAUGACUUCUAGGUAGAUAUAAUAUGAUGCGAGUCGUAGGAUCCGUCUUUCUUUGUUUGUAUUAUGUGCAUAAUUUCAUGGGGACGGGAUCUUAUUGUAAUUCGAUGAUUUCGCUCCGCGACGCCUUGCGAUCUGGUUGCGCUUCGAUAAAGGUUAUAAACAUGUUACAUUUUACAUUUAAACAAGUACAUUUUGCCAGUCAUGUUAAAAGUGUUCGAUUAUCAUCGAAGUUAAAGACUUCUAAUAGUGACCAUAAUACUUGUAGUGAAAAAGAUAUAGCUAUGAAUUUUGAAGAAAUCCCAGGCCCUACGAGCUAUCCUUUAAUAGGGACGCUGCAUAAAUAUGUGCCUUUCUUUGGUGAAUACAAUGCAGAAGCGCUUGACAAAAAUGCUUGGCUGAACUGGAGACGCUAUGGCAGUCUUGCCCGGGAAAAUCCAGGUGUAAGGUUACUUCAUGUGUUUGACCCUGAAGACAUUGAGACGGUAUUCCGUCAAGAUCACCGCUACCCAGCCCGAAGGAGUCACGUGGCCAUGCUACACUAUCGCCUCAGUAAACCUAACGUUUAUAACACCGGAGGAUUGCUUUCCACCAAUGGCCCAGAAUGGUGGAGACUUAGAAGCACUCUACAAAAGAAUUUUACAAGUCCACAGAGUGUAAAGAGUCAUAUAAGCAGUACCGAUAUAGUGGUACAAGAAUUUCUGGAGUGGAUAAAAAAAAGAAAUGUUUCACAUCAUGAAGACUUUUUGCCGUAUUUAAAUAGACUGAAUUUAGAAGUUAUUGGAACCGUGGCUUUUAAUGAACGAUUUCAUGGCUUUUCUGAACAAGAACAGGAUCGUAAAUCGCGAAGCAGUAAAAUAAUUGAAGCAGCUUUUGGAUCAAACAGCGGAAUCAUGAAGUUAGAUAAGGGAUUUCUAUGGAGGUUGUUCAAAACUCCGCUUUAUAGAAAACUGGUUAACUCUCAGGAAUAUUUGGAAAAAGUAUCGUGGAAUAUAUUACUAGAAAGAGCGAACUUGUUUGUAAGUGAUAAAGAUAACGACAAUUCUCUUUUGGCGUCUUUUCUAAAGCAGUCCAACUUAGAUUUGAAGGAUAUUCUCGGAAUGAUGGUAGAUAUUCUAAUGGCAGCUAUAGACACGACCUCUUAUGCAACCAGUUUUGCUCUAUACCAUAUAAGUCGAAAUCCAGAAGUUCAGAAGAAAAUAUUUUAUGAAAUAUUUGAACACCUUCCUACGAAAGACACAAAAAUAACAGCAGAAAUGCUAUCGAAGCUUGCUUAUACCAAGAGCUGUAUCAAAGAAAGCUUGAGGCUUAAUCCGGUAUCGAUUGGCGUCGGCCGUUUGACCCAAAAGGAAUUUAUUUUAAGAGGAUAUUUGAUUCCUGAAGGAACGGUUAUAGUCACCCAAAAUAUGAUAGCAUGUCGAUUGCCACAUUAUGUUUCGGAUCCUUUAGUUUUUAAGCCGGAGCGUUGGCUGCGAGGAUCCGAGGGCUAUGAAAACUUACACCCUUUUUUAAGCCUACCAUUUGGUUUUGGGCCUCGAUCCUGUAUAGCAAGACGAUUGGCUGAACAAAAUAUGUGCAUCACUAUCGUUCGGUUGAUCCGUGAAUUUCAAAUUGAUUGGAAGGGCGGUGAGCUCGGAAUACGGACUCUACUUAUAAACAAGCCGGAUAAACCAGUAUCUUUGUCUUUUACUUCAAGAAAAGAGUAAAUAUUUAUUGAAUGACGACUAUCUAAUGUUUUCACUUAUAAUAGUAACAUAAUAUUAGGAAUUGAAUUUUGUAUGUGAAUUUGUGAAUGAUAAACUAAGCUUUGCAAUAAAAUAUAUGAAGUU